GCCGCCACUGGGGACCCCCCCGCCCCGCACCUUCGCCUUACCCCGCGCGCUCCCGCUUCUGUUUUGUAGUGGGGGGCUGCACUGCGCUCUGAUUCCCGCCUAGUUCUGCGCCUGCGCCUGGCGCGGGAGCGCUGAUUGGCCCUCAACUCGGGGCCCUCCUGACUGAAGGGCCGUGCUGGCGUUCGAGAGGUGUUCGGGGGCUGCGAUUGGCUGCGAGGCGGCUGUGUCCGCCCCCCUCCCCUGUCUUCCCCGGUUUCUCCGCCGCCGCCAUUAGAGGGGCUGCUUUGUGUCUCCUGAGUCUGCCGCUGACUCUCUGAGUACCUUUCCCAGACCUGAAGAAGAGUUCUGUGUAAGCUUGAAAGCUUGUGUCCCUCACUAGUAGAGAAUCUAUACAACACAUCCAUCCACUCCUCCAAAAAAAGUCUGUGAUGUUGUAUAACUUAGGGAUUAGUACUUAAAAAAAUUUACUGGGACUGGAAGAAUUUAUAUAGGCUGACUUGAAUGGCUUUAUUCUACUGGACCAACUUCCUUAUCAGGACAACAGGCUGUGCACCAGGUUCUCCAAUUAAAGGUUGACUCCUCACUGCACUGUGAAAGCCAUUAGGAAAAAUCUUUGUGGUUAAAACCUGGGGCUCCACAGUGUUACCUGCACUUGGGGCUAGAAAUUAAUUUAAAUGGCGACUGAUCUGUCUGAAGCUGAACCCUUACAUCAUAAGGCGCUUCCAUUGUUAACGGGAGCUCAGCUGACCCACACGGACAAGUUAAGUGAGAAGGUUGAAGACGACACCAUGCCGAUCCGUCGUGCUGUGAAUUCUUCUGCUCGGGAAACUCCUCCCAAAAGCAAACCUGCUGAAGGUGAGGAGGCCAAGCCAGACGCGGAAGUCAGCUCUGAGGAAUCUGCUUCUACUGGAGAGGAGCAAGAAAAUGAAACUCCACCUGCUACAUCCAGUGAGACAGAGCAGCCAAAAGAACCAGAGAGUGAGAAGGGAGAAGCAAAGUCUUCUGAAGAAACCAAAAAGGAUGAGAAGGAUCAGUCUAAAGAAAAGGAGAAGAAAGUGAAAAAGACCAUUCCCUCAUGGGCAACCCUUUCUGCUAGCCAACUAGCUAGAGCACAGAAGCAAACACAGAUGGCUGCUUCCUCACGCCCAAAGAUGGAUGCUAUCUUAACUGAGGCCAUCAAGGCAUGCUUUCAAAAGAGUGGUGCAUCCGUGGUUGCCAUACGUAAAUACAUUAUACACAAGUACCCUUCCCUGGAACUUGAGAGGAGAGGCUAUCUUCUAAAGCAAGCACUGAAAAGGGAACUGGAGAGGGGAGUCAUCAGACAGGUGAAAGGAAAAGGAGCCUCUGGGAGUUUUGUGGUGGUCUCUAAUGCAGGGAAAACUGUUCCGAAAUCCAGAGACAGAAAGAGAAGUACCUCCACAUCCACUCCAGAGCAGCAAGUCAAGCUGGAAGACAUCCUUCCGCUGGCAUUCACCCGCCUUUGUGAACCUAAGGAAGCUUCAUACAGCCUGAUCAAAAAAUAUGUGUCUCAGUAUUACCCCAAACUCAAGGUGGAUGUAAGACCUCAGCUGUUGAAGAAUGCCCUGCAGAGAGCAGUAGAGAAGGGCCAAUUAGAGCAGAUCACAGGCAAAGGAGCUUCUGGAACAUUCCAGCUGAAAAAAUCAGGGGAGAAGCCCCUACUUGGUGGGAGUCUGAUGGAAGAUGCCAUCCUGUCUGCUAUUGCUGCCAUGAAUGAACCGAAGACUUGCUCCACCACAGCUCUGAAGAAGUAUGUUCUGGAGAACCACCCAGGGACCAACUCCAACUUCCAGGGAGAAUAAAGGGGUUUCCUCCCACAAAAGAGAGAAUAUAAAAGGCCCUGGAAACCCCUCCAUUUUGUCUUCAGCUGGCUUAAGAGAUGGCCUCUCCACCCCCAAGAGAUGCCUGAAAGAAACUGGAACAAAGGACAGUAACUACGGGGGUGGGAGUGAUUGCUGGACCCAGACUGGGAAGGAGUCCAGUCUGUGAAAGAAGCUUAUUGGAACAUCUCUAAGGGUGAGAUUUACCUGUACGCAGUUUCUUAAUGUAUUAGGUUUAGAGUUGUGUGUUUUGUUUAAUUUUGCUUGGUAACUUACUUUGUUCUGUCUGUUAUUACUUACAACCACUUAAGUCCUACUUUUUAUAUUUAAUAAAAGCACUUUUGCUUAUAAAUUAACCCAGAGUAAGCUGUGCAUAUCUCUCUAUCAGUGUUAUAAAGGGCAGACAAUUUAUGCGUUUACCCUGUAUAAGCUGUAUACAGAGUAAAACGGAUUCAUUUGGGGUUUGGAUCCCAUUGGGAGCUGGGUGUCUGGGUGCUAGAGACAGGAGCACUUCUUAAGCUGUUUUCAGUUAAGUCUGCAGCUUUGGGGGAAUGUGGUUCAGAACUGGGUCUGUGUUUGCAGCGUGUCUGGCUCAACAAGACAGGGUUCUGAAGUCCCAAGCUGGCAGGGAAAACGGGCUCAGAGGUAGUCUCAGCACAUCAGGUGACAGUCCCAAGGGGGUCUCUGUGACCCAACCUGUUACAGUGGCAUAGUCGGCAGGAUCUGUGCACAGCUGAUUGCUUUGAGAUAGUGGUAGUGAUUUUAAGUGAGUUUUGGGUGUGGUGGUUGGAGAACAGACAAAGUGGUUACUGGUUUGUUGUUUUCUGUUUAUUUCGGAUGAGGGAAACAAGCACAAGAAAGCAGGAAAAUGACUACCAGUGAGGCAGCUACAAAACUAGAGCUGGCCAGACUGGAAGCAAAAGAGAAGGCAAAGGACCGUGAGUUUCAAAUGAAGCUCAAAGAAGCAGAGGUAGCCAGGGAGGAAGCUGCUUACAAAAGAGCCAUGAAAACCCAGAGGCUAACCCUGGAGUUAAGACAGAGAAAUACAAGCUCAGAUUGAGACUCAGAAGCAUGAACUGUCUGUAAUGGAGUGGCAGAGACAGAACCCUUCAGCAGCUGGCUCCGCUUCCCCAAAAAUCCACAAAUGGGAACGGUUAUGUCCGCAGUAUAAUGGAAUUCAGUGAUAUUGCCUAAUAUUUCAUCACCUUUGAGAGACACUGCACCCUCCAUGCAAUGCUUGAAGGUCAAAAAAUGACUUACUUCAGUUGCAAAAUUGAGGUGAGAGCACUGGACAUAUUCAAUAAGAUGCCUAUUGAUGAUUCUUCAGACUAUGGUAAAUUUUAAGGAACUGAUUUUAAAACCGUUUCAGAUUACACCUGAAACCUACAGGGUUAAAUUCAGGAGUCUUAAGAGGGGAUCUGGAUUGAGUAAUGUGGUUUAUGUAAAUGAAAUGAGAGAGUUGUUAGACAAGUGGGUGAGGGGAAAAGACAUUACAAGCUUUGAAGGAAUGUGUGAUUUGGUUACUCAGGAACAAUUCCUGAGAUGGAUUAGGGUUAGGGUUAGACUCUGUCUAACCCCCUACCAUGGUACACAAAGGACUUGGGAAAUGCUGUAGACACUAAACAAGCUAAAUUGUGUGAACCGAGCCUGUCCACCAUAGAUUUCCUGUUAAUCUUGUGUCUUUUGCUAUUUUGUAUAUGGGUCAAGACAAAGGAGUUAAUACUAAUGGUAAACCCUUUAAAGAUGUGUGACAUACCUGAUUUGUGGAAAAAACUUUUGUACAUGCUAGGGAUGGUGACAAAACAGUAUCACAAGCAUGUUGCUUUUCAGCUUAUACCUGUAAACAGGCUGGAAGCUUGGCACAGCAGCAAAAGCAUAACUGGUCUACACUGCUGUGUAGAAGGAGAAACUGAGGCACACUGCCUCAUGGCAUUGGUGGCUGAAAGCCAAGGCACCUACACUUUAAUAGAUAUUGCUAUCUGCAUUCUGUUUGCAAUACUGUACCCCAACAUGUUUUCAGGCACCCAGAGAGAAUAUAAAAGGCCCUGGAAACCCCUCCAUUUUGUCUUCAGCUGGCUUAAGAGAUGGUGUCUCCACCCCCAAGAGAUGCCUGAAAGAAAUUGGAACAAAGGACAGUAACUAUGGGGGCGUGAGUGAUUGGUGGACCCAGACUAGGAAGGAAUCCAGUCUGUGAAAGAAGCUUCUUCUUCGACUGCUUGCUCAUGUGUAUUCCACAGUAGGCAUGCAUGCUCGCCACGUGCACCGGUGCCGGAAGUUUUUCCCUUAGCAGUACCCGUAGGGGGAGUGCUGCUGCAACCCCUGGAGUAGCGCCUCUAUAGUGCGCUAUAAGGGGAGCUGAAUGCUUCCCCCACCCUCAGUUCCUUCUUGCCGCCAGUGAGGGUGCGUCAGAACUACGUGCUCCAGCUUCGCUUCGCUGCAGCUCAUCCCAGAACUCGUUCGUUUUGUGUGUGUGUGUGUGUGUGUGUGUGUGUGUUCAACAAGUUUCGGUUCAGUUAGUUAACGUUCAGGCCGGGGCAUGCCCCGUGCCCCAGGGUUUAAAUCAUGCGAUUCUUGCAGGCAUUCAAUGCCCAGAAGUGACCCGCACACCGACUGUCUCCGCUGCCUGGGUCAAUUCCACAUUAGUGACCACUGUAAAAUCUGCAGAUCCUUCAAACCUAGAAGCAAAAACAAAAGAGUCAUUAGACUUCGGGCCCUUCUCAUGGAGUCGGCACUGGACCCAACGCUGGUGCGCCGAGCGGAUUCGACACCGAGCACCUCGUCUUUGGUGCGCAGUGAUCCCCUGGCACCUUCAGGUGGCCGGCACCGCUCCACGUCUAAGAAACAGAGAAAGGCCCCAUCUUCUCAGCGGUGUCGAGAGAAAGCAAGGGGCGAGGCUAGACCCGAGUGAGGCAGCCCCAGUUCCCCCCUGGGCUCCAGAGCUCCGACUCAUGUCGAGCGGAACAGCCCGGUUGUGUCAACUCAGGCCCCUCCGGAUGUCGGGAUGCCUUCGCCGCCGGAGGCGCUACAGACGGCUCAAGACAUUAUGACUCUGCAGGUACCCGGGGCAUCAUCGGCGCCCGGGCCCCGCUCAGGAGGCAAGCCGCCGCUGGCUCCAGGCAGUCGACCCUGACCCGACGCAGAUCCCGGUCAGGGGACCGCUCUCAGGCCUGCUCGCCGCUCAGCGUCCUGUCGGGGCACAGUCUCCAGCCUCUGCUUUCGUCACCCACUAGGCUGUCUGGUUGGGUGCCAUCGGAUAGGAGUUCCAGGCACCGCUCCACGCCGAGCAGAGAGUAUCGACGGGACAGGCACAGGCGCCGUGUGCGCUCCCCUUCUCAUCAGAGCUACCAUAGCCACUCCUGACGUGGGCACCAUGGCCAUUCACGCUCCAGCUCUCUCUCCUUCCUUUCCCCUACUGUCAAAAGUCCUGCUGAAAAUAAAAAGAGAUGGAGUGAUCAAUAUGAUGUGCUCCCACUUGGCCGAGACAGACCUGGCACCCUUACCUGGCACAGCUUGGGCUGUGCCUGCCGAUUCCUCUCCCAGCCACUCCAUACCGCCUCUCGCAAAACAGAGGAUGUACCCUACAUCCCAACCUGGGGAUUCUCUGGCUCAAGGCAUGGCUCCUACUUGGUUCCAACACCUAGAAAGCUCCUAUUCAAAGGAGGUGCAAGAUGUAUUACACAAUAGAAAGUCCUCAAUAUGAUGUACUUACCUGCAAAAGUGGUCUAGGUUUUGGAUUUGGUGUACUUCCCAACAAAUUUCCCUGACAUUCGCAACUCUUCCACAUAUCUUAGACUAUGCAUUAACCCUAAAAAGAUCAGGGCUCUCUGAGUCCACCCAGCAGCUAUAGCAGCCUUCCACCAACCAGUAGAGGGAUAUUCGCUGCUGUUGCCUCUAAUUACUUCCUCAAUUUCUUACUCCCAUGUGGGUCCUAAACCUGGUAUUGAAAAGACUGACUAGGCUUCCCUUCAUACCCAGGACCACCUGUUUGCUUGCGUACCUCUCAGUGAAAACAGUCUUCCUGAUAGUGAUUACCUUGGUUAGGAGAAAUAGCAGCUGUGAUGGCAGAUCCAUCUUACACUGUAUUGUUUUGGGAGAAGGUUACACUCAGACUGCACCUGAAAUUCAUUGCUGUGGUAACCUCCCCAUUUCACGUGAAUCUGUUGAUUCAUCUUCCAACCUUUUACCCCAAGCCUCACCAGAACAACAGGGAGACUAUACAACACACUCAAGAGCCCUAGCCUUCUACCUGGACAGGACGAAGAUUUUCAGGAAGCCCCCCUAGAUUUUUUUUUUUUCUCCAUUGACUCAGCAAUAUCAGCCCAAAGACUUUCCAAGUGGAUCUCGAACUGCAGCAGACAAUGAUAUCAAGUUCACAGUAUAACCCCUCUAGAUGGUACUAGUACACACUUCACAAGGUCAAUCUUCAUCUCUUUUUCUUCAAGAAUGUCCCUAUCUCAGAUCUGUAGAACAGCAACAUGAGCGUCAGUCCACGCUUUCAGAGAACAUUAUGCAAUCGCUGGGGACUCCGCCCCCAAUGUCAUCUUCGACUCCACAGUACUGUCAUCUGUAACUGAUCUUGCUCUGAAGUCUCAGCCCUCCCGUCGGGAUACUGCUUGGGAGUCACCUACCGUAGAGUACCCAUAGGGACACUACUAGAAGAAGAAAUAGUAGUUACUCACCUUGUGCAGUAACAGUGGUUCUUUGACAUGUGUCCCCUUGUGGGUGCUCCACAACCCACCCUACUCCCCUUUACUUGGAGUUCUUGUCAAUGACUCUGCCAUAGAGAAGGAACUGAGAGGGUUAGCCCCUACACACUGACUAGCCUCGUGGUAGGUCACAAGGGAGAUCAGCAUAUGUGCGGGCCUAAUAGACACUUCUACUGAAGUUCUCCAAUCUGCAGCACAUGGACGCAAGCACACCUACAAUGGAAUACUCAUCGGGACGCACAUCUGCACAUUGCACAUGGUGAGUAACUGUCUUUUGACCUAUGACUCAGCUUGAAUCUCUGGUGUAGGAAGAAUAUCCAGGCUAGUCUAAUACAUAUUUAGCACUGGCAUUAUUUGGUUUUAGAGCAUUGCUAUAGGAAAUUGCAACUCUGGUUGUUAAAGGCAUACAUAAUUCAACCUAUCCCCAGUGCCUGAGAACAUUGAUCAUUGCUUGGAGAUAUGACAUCUAUUUACCGCUGGUCGUAUGUGGAAACGUUUCAGCAUGCCAUCUGUUAAUUUACAUCCCCUCCACUAGAUAGAAAUAUCUGUAAUGAUCUCAGUCUCUUUCUGGACUAUCUAGAGUGGGAGACCUGAGGAGAUGUAGAAGCAGACAGGGCGUUAUGUUAGGAGUUCUGUGCUCUGCCAUGGUUGUCAUUUUAUGCCUUGCAUUUCUUUUGCUGCCCAGGUUUAAAAAUAGCCUUAUGAUGCAUAUUCUAAAACUUGGUGUUUUUUCUUUAAAUAAGUUUUUUUUUGUGUG